AUGCAAUUCACCUCAACUCUUGUUACUUUCGCGAUUAUAUUCUCUGGUAUUUCAUCCGCCGCUACCGUGAACAAUACUACUAAUGGUACUUCUUUCAUAGAAUACCCGGGUUCUAAUAUCUCAGUCAGUAAUAUCUCCAAUAUUACCACGUAUGAUGGUGCUGCUGCUUCUAACUUCAAGGUUGGCGGGACAUCUGCCCUUGUUGUCAUGGUUGCCGUCGCUGCAGUGUUGGUGUGA